GCUGCUGCUGCUGCUCCGCGGCGCGCCCGCCGUGGCGCAUCGGGCCCAGCAUGGCGCGCUGGCUCCGCGACCGCCUGCUCUUCCGCAGCGCCAAGCCCCUGCCGCCGCAGCCCGAUUACACGGCGGGCCCCGAGCAGCCGGACUUGGUGGCCGCCUACCGGCUGCAGAGGGAGCGCGACUUCGAGGACCCCUACGCGGGGGGCGCCGCCGCCACCGCCGCCCCGGUGCCCGCCGCCGCCACCACCACCGACGACGGCGGCCGCCGCUGCCGAUCUCCCCGGCGCCGCCUCAUCAGGGUCGAGGCGGCCGAAACAGCGCCUGCCGCGCCGCCCCGGGCCGGCGACUCCCUGGGCCAGCAAGAGAAGAUGAUAGUUCUGGAGGACUAUGCUGAUCCGUUUGACACUGCACAAGAAGCCAGUAGUCAAACGAGGGAACAGGAAAGGGUCAAAAGUGAAGGCUACAUGGAACCAUAUGAAGCACAGAAGUUGUUGGUUGAGAUUCAGAAGAAGGGUUCCAAGGAAGGGUUAACGGCUUCUCCAAAACCUCUGCACCUGUACGACAUUCCCUACGAAGCACCUGAGGACGGGGUGGAGCCGGGCCCCUGCCGCCCACCAGGCAUCCAUUGCCGCUACUCGUGGCUGCCUGAAGAUGAUGAACGGCCCCCGGAAGAAUACGACCAGCCCUGGGAGUGGAAAAAGGGACGGAUCUCCAGGGUCUUUGCAGUUGAGAUUGAAGGAAUCCAGGAGUUGCCCUGGCCUCCACCCGUUGGACAGCUUGAUAGCUCUGCUAACCACUUGGAUGACGAGGCGGUGCCCACCCUCCAGGACACCAGCGGCAGAUGCCUAGAUGCAAACGUCCCACCAAGCCUCCAUAACAACACCGCCAGCCCUCUGGACUCCGCAGCCCCGUCCAGCCCCAUGGAUGGGAGUGGCAAGGAAGCAGUGAAGAACCAGCUGCCAUCUUGCACGGAGAAGACCAGCGGCCCAUGCUGGCUGAACACAGGGCCCGGGCUGGCUUUCGGCGAACGCAUCAACCCCACUUUGCCGCUGGAGAGCCAGGCGUGGUAUCACGGGACCUUGAGCCGGGUAGGCGCCGAGGGGCUGCUGCGGCUUUGCCGAGAAGCCAGUUACCUUGUGCGGAACAGCGAGAGCAGCCACGACGCCUUCUCCCUCUCUCUCAAAAGCAGCCAUGGCUUCCUCCACAUGAAACUCCUGCAGACCGAAGACCACAAGUUUGUCCUGGGCCAGCACAGCCCUCCCUUUGACAACGUCCCCGAGGUCAUCCACCACUACGCCAGCCACAAGCUGCCCAUCCAGGGUGCGGAGCACAUGUCCCUGCUGUACCCGGUCACCACGCAACCCUCCACUUGCCUAGCGGUGGAACAGUGAGGGCUCUGAACAGGAGGGCUCUGAACAGGCCUAGCUGGUCCGGGAAGCACACCUGAGCGUGCCGAGGCGAGAGCGGAACAUUUGGGAGGGGGGGGGCGGCGGCUGCAGGCUGCGGUUGCUUGCAGGGACCAGUAGAGAAGUGGGGGGCGAGGCUUGGUGACGUUUGGGGCUGUAGGCCAUCCACAAAGAAGAGAGUCUGGGCCAUCAGACCUAGAACAGUGCGAUCCUCUGCUCUGUAUUUGCCGGAACAACCUUCCUUUGCAUGUUGGACAUCCCCUUUGGAUGCCAGUUGACCACCCGCUCCGAAAGGAGGAGGGGAUCCGAUGGGAGGGCUCGGAAUUGCACAGCCCCACGGCGCCGUGGGUGUCGCAGAGUCCAGCCCCUGAGUGCGUAGUCAUAUCUGACAGGGCUUCAUUCGGGGCCAGCUCCCGCCUACGUCUGCUUCGUCUGUUGACUGUAGAAAACUGCAGCGCUUUGAACUUGCACAUCCUCAUCCUCGUCAUCCGGGACCAUGUCGAGCGUGGCAUUUUUUCAAAGGAGGCCAGUCCGUGCGUUUCUGAGAGUCGUCAAGGCCUGAGAAACCAAGAGAGGGAACAUGCAGGUGUGCAAGCCAACCGCCAAGCUCUUCUUGAUUUCGCAACUCGCUUGGGAAAUGUUAUUUCCUCAUCCAGCUGCUUUUCCAGUUCCCUCGUUGAGGUCUUCUCUUCUUGACCUCAAUCAGCUGCAACCGCAUACCUGGCCAAGAGAGCUCAGGCAGUUUCCUGUAAGCGGACUGAGUGACCCUGCCGGGGUCCAUUGAGGCUGACGCCUUCACACAGGAUCCACCCUUCCCCUCCGCUGCGGGAAUGGCGUUGGCGCUCUCCCAGGACUGCACUGUGUGUGCUAAAUCCAGGCGGCCUCCCUCGGGAAUGCGAGUGGACUGCCUAGCAGGCAGCUUGUCAUCUCGCUGCUGUGGAUUGGGGAGCAGUCUUCCGAAAGACCCACGGAGGAGCCCAUCAGCCAGCACCCAGGCAAAGAUCCGAUGAACCAAGAAGGCUAAACAUAAUUAGAGACAAUUAUAAGAUGGCGAGGCCGUAAUUCAUUGUGGUAGAGCGCACCUGCUAAGCAUGCAGGUGAUGGGGAGGAUCUCUGCUGGAGUCCCCAGGGAUCUGGUGCUGGUUGGAGUCACCAGUGCUAGGACAGAUGGACAAGGCGUUUGGUCUCGUGUAAGGGAGCGUCCUACGUUCCAACGAUGGGCGUAUUUGCAUGUGUCAGGGACCCUUGUUGUUACGAAAUUGCGCAGGAUGCAUUGUUUGGUAUAAGUCGGGUCGUCUUUUUGUUUCUGGUUUCCUCAAGCAAAUGCAAAAUAAAUUAAAUGGAAUACCUUGAUUGCUGCUACGUUCUUGCUUUUAUAAUUUUUAAUGAAUUUGAAUCGUGCUUUUAACCGGACCAGAUUAUACAAAACAAAGUCAUUAUAGAACAACAACAACAACUUUUCCAUCUUAACAAUUAUGUCGCCAAUUAUUGCUCCAAUAAAUAAUACAGCCGUUCUGUU